UGAAGUGUCUUACAUUUGUUUGUAUAAUAGACGGGGGAAAUGAGGACAAGCGAGUUUGUUUCAUCUGACGAAGAGGAUUUUGGUGAAGAGGAAACGACACCUUUUCAGAUCUCAUGGUUAUCUCUGUCAAUGGUGGAGUGCUCCCAGUCUCUUGGCAUUUGUUCUCUACCUGGUUGCAGAUAUAAAGAAAACAGAAGAAACCUGCAGAAAGAUGUUGCCGAGAUGUGUGAUCAGGGUGUGGAGGAUGUGUUUGUGUUCUGCACCAGAGGAGAGCUGGUGCGCUACAGAGUGCCGUGUCUGCUAGAGGUUUAUUCUCAGAGGGGUCUCAGAGUCCAUCACUACCCCUUCCUGGACGGUGGAGCUCCAGAGCUUCAACAGUGCAGCUGCGUUCUGGAGGAGCUCAAGGACUGCCUCCAAAAUCAACGCAGGACUGUCAUACAUUGUUAUGGAGGUCUGGGACGCUCUGGGCUGAUUGCUGCAUGUUUGCUGCUGCAGCUCUCCGUGUCCAUGACACCCAGCACAGCUCUGGAGAUCCUGCGGGAGCUGAGAGGAUCCGGAGCCAUUCAGACUGUCAAACAAUACAACUUCCUUCAUGAGUUUCGGGAGAAGUUUGAAGCAUAUCAGGAAACCAAAGAGCGGCUCACAGAGAGAUCAGUGUCCAGAUGAUCAACCUGACAUGCAGAUCACCUUUAGGAAAAAAUAAUAAUUACUUGGUGUUUAUUGCUUUGUGGCUUUCAAUGCUUUGAUCAUGUAUGCAUUUGUUUGUUUUCUGAUAGCACUUUAAAAAUUCUGUAUUUUUAUAAGUCGAUCUAAUAAUAAUAAUAAUAAUACUGAGCUUAAUAUAUAACUUUAACUUUGCAAUGAAAUGAUGCUUGUUCACUGAAAUGUGGUUGACAGUUACAUAAACAAGAUGUCUGAUAGUCUUGGCCAUUAAGACGGCUGUUUAAUUUUUUCGUGUCUGUGACAUGAUACAUUUCUUAUAUCAGCAGUGGUGAAUGGAUAGUUCAACCAGAAAUUAUGCUAGACUAUAUUUUCAUUUUAACUGCUUGAUUUGUUUGAUCAAUGAAUUACUUAGCUAAGCAAAUGAUAGGCUAUUAGUUACUAGUAUCGAAUACAAAUGUAUUUGAGAUCAAAUCUGUAUGAUUUGUUCCACGGAUGGUUGCUGCUAGAUCAGAUACGUGGCAAAGUCUAGAUAGGAUACAGGUGCGGAUGCCACAUCAAUAUUGCAUCGUUUUUGUGACACUAUAUAACAAUAAUUAAUAUUUUACGGUACUGUGACGGUAGGGGUAAACGUUAAAAACACAAUUUAUUGAGUAAUUUAAUUAAUAACAUAAAUAAUAAUCGGUACAAUUGCUGUUUUUACAUAAAACUGUGACAGUUGGGUUUAGGGUAAGGGUAGACGUUAAUAAAAUACAAUUAAUAGGAAAUUUUGUAAAAUAAUAGGAAAUUUAAUAAAUAAUUGUCGUUAACUUCCGGCCUCAAUCGUAUCUAGGUUGAUGCUAGAUCACAUACGGUUGAUGCUUAUCAGCUGUAUCCUAUCUAGACUUUACCGUAACGUAGGCCGUUAAUUGAAACCACGUGACACUGGCAGUUUAAAGGGAAAAACGUUCGUUAUUGUUUCGAAAGCAGCACUAAAUGAAGAAGUGUGGUGGUGUUGAAGAGACGUUAUUUACUUGUUUGGGCUCCACACGUGAGUAAUGUUAACUGGUUUUCUGCACCUAUAAGGCUGAAUUUGAUAUGAGUGCUUUACUAAUAUCACUUAGUGGAGCUACAAAAAUGAGGCACAUUAUGAAACCGAUGCAAACAGCUCUUUUAAGCGUCAAACACACUCAACCUAAUUAACGUAUGUGUCUGGGAGUAAAGUUGAAGUCUGUCACUGUCAGCAGUUAGUCUGCUCUCAAUAAAAAUCAAUGUUUUUAGAACAAA